AUGUUUACAAAACGGCCUCUGCUGUUGACAGCCUUGUCCACUGUUGGCGCGAUCUGGUCCAGUGUCAAGGUGUACAGUCUCUGCUCCUUCGCCUACCUCCACCUUGUGCAUGACAGCUGCUUGACCAAGUACCUCAAUCUUCGUGGACCUCCCUCGUGGGCACUUGUCACAGGCGCAUCCGACGGGAUCGGGAAGGGGUUCGCGGAAGAGCUCCUUCACCGAGGCUUCAAUGUGAUCAUCCAUGGACGCAAUGAGCAAAAGCUGGAGAACGUCGGGCGUGCUCUUCUGGGCCGAUGGCCUGAUAGAGAGGUCCAGGUUCUGGUCUGUGAUGCCGCAACGGCAGCGAAGGAUCCCGCAAUGUUGCUCGAUGCAGUGCGAAAGCUCCAGAAAUGCAACAUCAGGGUUCUUGUCAACAACGUUGGUGGCGCCGCCAGGCCACUUUGGGUACGACUCCAGGACUAUAGCGAGGAGAGCGCUCGCAUGUUCUUAGACGUCGACUGCCGCUUCGUGCCGGAUCUCACACGAUUACUGCUACCACAACUUAUCGCUUCGCAGCCAGCGCUGAUCAUCAACAUUGGAAGCUUCGUAUCAGAUCUACCAGCUCCUUACAUCUCCAUUUUGGGUGGCGCCAAGGCGUAUGGUAAAGCAUGGUUUCGGUCGCUCGCACUCGAGAUGAAGCUUGAAGGCAAUGAGAUCGAAGUUAUGCAUGUGCAGGUCGGUAUGGUAUCUACGUCGAAUGAUCCACGACCACUUAGUCUUCUGGUACCUAGCGCCAGACAGAUGGCUUCCGCGACACUGGACAAGGUGGGCUGCGGAAGGAGCGAAGUCUAUGGAUAUUGGCCGCAUGAGCUUCAUGCUCAUAUGCUUACUGAUAUGCCAGGAUUUAUUCGCGAGCCUCUAUUGAUGCGCAUUGUGAAGCAGCUUAAGCUGCAAGAAGAAGCGGACAUGAAGAAUCACUAG